AUGGAUGAUUCAAUUGAUAGCAUCUACAUAUCAGUUGAUUUAGUUCCAAAGAUCUGUUAUAUUGAGGAAGAAAAUUCAGAGGAAGCAGCAUAGAAUUCAACACUCUAAAAGCUGAGGCAAGACGCAGUUGAUUGUGCUUUAAGCGAUUACCCUAAAUGCCGUAAUAAUAACAUUGAUCAGUGCAAAUUUAUUGAUUGCUUCACAACAAAUGUAAAAAAACCAAGUGCUGACAAGGACAAAGAUUAUUUGUUCUCUGCAUGUAUACCUAAGCAAUUGGUGGACGAUGAUAUCACCAAUGUCUGCUAUUAGGUUGCCCAUGGUAACUAUUACAUUGAUUACUUUACGAAUGACGACGGAACUGUGCUUGAUGACUGGGGUGGAAAGACCAUGCAUACUUUCUUAAUUGCUAUCAUAAUAAUCAGUAGUUUCUUAUGCUGUAUCUGCAGUUUGAGUUGCUUCUAUAAUUACAGAGUGUUUAGGAGGCAUGACCCACCUUUCCCUGUACCAAGAUUUUGUCCAGAUUGCUUAUUUCCUUAGAGAGACUACAGAGAAAUGCUAAGACAAUAAUAAGAUUAAGCUUUGGAAGAUAGUAUGAAUGAUAACAGUGUAAAUGAUAAUCAGUAAUAUCAAGUUAUUUCAGCAUUUAACAUAGAAGAACCAACAACUAAAAAAGAUAACAAUGACGAGGUCCCUGAACCAACAGAUACUGGAAAUAUUAAUGCUAAACCUAAAUAUGACAAAUAUAAACUACCAUAAUUAAGUUUUUGA